GAGUGAGGGGCGGGUCUUUGUACAUCAAUCAUCCCGCCUAGCCAAAUGACAUGGCCUUGACCAUAGCAGGCAAUUUCGAUUACACAACGAGAAAUCUAUCUGCGCUAUAAAAUCAGACAGUUCUCGAUGAGAAAUCAUUUCAGCCCUCUAUCCUCUAGUCCUGUCCGCUAUUGUCGUCAGCUGAUUGUCUAUUGCCGCCGAGACAAGUUGUAUAUAACGGCACUGGCUAGGCCCCUCUUUGAUCUGAAACUUGCUACGACACUCGUCACCGACACUUAAGUCGGUAUACUGGAUAUUUCAGAAAUUCUAUAGUAAUCGGAGUCAUUCGUCUCGUGACUUCAACUACCAAACAAUGCUAGACCUAAUCAUCGAGAUAGCGAUUGUCUGCGCUAUUAUGUCAGUGGUAGCCAUACAACUUGCAUAUCCUAGGCUCUGGACUGAUGUGUCAUUCAUCGCUGACAAAGUGAAGACAACCCGUCGUCUGAAACAAUUUGCGUCGCAGAAGAUCCCACGCACGAUAGUCGAUGUGUUUGAAGAUCACGCGCGCAACACACCGGACAAAGUGUUUAUCGUGUAUCAGAACCAAAACUAUACCUACUCAGAUGUCAAUAAGAAGGCAAAUCGUGUGGCUAGGCUUGCGCAAAAGAUGGGCUUCAAGAUCGGCGAUGUUGUAGCAUUGUUACUUAGCAACGAGCCCGCGUUUAUAUGGAAUCUACUCGGCUUCGCAAAACUUGGAGUCAGGUGUGCGCUGUUAAACUACAAUUUGAAAGCUAAAUCAUUGUUGCAUUGUUUCCGAGUCGGUCAAGCACGAGCACUUAUAGUUGGCCAAGGAGAUCAGCUUCAAGAGUUAACUAAGCAGAUUCUACCGGAUCUGAUCCAGAGCGGAACCUCCAUCUGGUUACAAGGAUCUCUCGACUGCACUCUGCCACCAAUGAACGACAGCAUCAUGCAGGUGGAUCCUCUUCUCGAGAACGUCAGUGAUGUCGACCUACCACGUGACGUGCGACAAGGUCUGAAUUUCCGAGACCCGAUAGUGUACAUUUAUACGUCGGGUACAACAGGAUUACCGAAAGCAACCAAGUUGUCGCAUUACAAACUCUUGGCGGGUGGCAACCUUUUAAAUUUCUUCAACUUUUCUACGAAUGAUGUCAUCUACGUAACCCUACCUCUCUACCACAUUUCUGCUAUUUUCUUUGGCCUUAGUAACACACUAAACAAAGGCGCCACAAUGGUCCUGAGAUCAAAAUUUUCAGCAUCCACGUUCUGGGAUGACUGCAGGAGACAUAAUGUUACAAUAGUCCUUUACGUCGGUGAGCUUUUCCGGUAUCUCCUCGCGAGACCAAAGGAACCCAAUGAUUCGCAAAACAAAGUCCGUUUAGCUCUAGGGAACGGAUUGGGAGCAGAUAUUUGGCAAGAAGCAAAGGAACGAUACGGUAUCGAUCAGAUUGUCGAGACGUACGGAGCUACGGAGAGCAAUUUUGGAAUCAUGAAUAUUGAAAACAAACCAGGAUCCGUUGGCUGUUGGCCGCCAUUAUUGAGGACAUUUUGUCCAAUCGAGCUAAUAAAAUAUGACUAUGAAACUGCGCAGCCAGUGCGAGACGAGAAAGGCCGUUGCAUACGUGUAUCUCCUGGUGAAGUUGGCCUCCUCGUGUGUCCUGUCAACAAAAUGUUUCCAGUUGAGGGGUAUGUUGGAAAUAAAGAACAAACAGAAAAAAAGUUGAUUAGGAACGUUCUGCGCAAGGACGAUAUUUACUUCAAUACCGGAGACCUGUUCAUAAUAAAUAGAGAUCACUUUCUGUACUUUAAAGACAGGCUGGGAGACACGUUUAGAUGGAAAGGGGAGAAUGUUGCGACAACGGAAGUGGCACAAGUUAUAAACGAGUAUGAAGGCGUCUUGGAGGCAAAUGUCUACGGUGUCUGUGUGACAGGUUGUUGUGGCAAAGCUGGGAUGGCUGCUAUCAUUAUGAAAUCCCAAUGCGUAAUUAAUCCUGAAAAGUUAUUUCAUCACGUGACAAAAUCUCUCCCAAAUUACGCAUGCCCGCGCUUCAUCCGUUUGGUUACCAGCAUGGAACACACGUGUACGUUUAAACAAAAGAAAACGCAGUUAGUUCAAGAAGGCUUCGAUCCAGAGCUAGUGUCUGACCCGCUGUAUUUUAUGGACGAUGUGCAACAGAAAUACGUCACACUGGAUCCAGCCCUCUAUCUCAAAAUCACAAACGGGGGACUUAGGCUCUGAGAAGUAUCUUCUCGACAGGAGAAAUAUUUUAAAGAUUCUUUUUUGAACAAAAACUAUGAAAAUAUUGUACAUGUAUAUAUUAUACAAUUUAAGGUAUUUUUAUAUUUUCGUUAUGUUUGAGAAAUAUUGAAUCCGUCCAAUAAUCGUGAAUGUCCAUGGUGGUAUGGUAAUACAGUUUUACCCGUAAUCCUCGAGAAUGUUUCUGAAAAGAGGCAAGCUGUUAACAAAUAUAAGGCUGUCACGACAUUGACUGGACAUAAGACACAGAAAAAAAAAUAUAUAAAAUCAACUUGUUUUAAUUACAUAAAAGUUCGUUUUGUAUAUCCAAUGACGAAGUGUUGUGCUACCUCCCAGAAUCUUUAUCACUGUAAUAAUGCAUUCGAAGUACAGAUCAUCUACUAAGUCUUGCUAACUGCUAGGGCUUUUC